GUACUUGCUGCUCAAGGAGGCGGCGACUAUCUUUGGAAGAAACUUGUAUGUGGGGGAACGCCGGCCAAUUAAUAACGGCGACUCUCAGGCAACUCUCUCUGACUUUAAAUACUUCACAUACGCAGACACGCUGCGCAUGGUAGAGUCUCUGGGCCGGGCGCUCGAUCAGGAGGUAGAUGUCCCUGUUUCUCAUUACGAACAGGAGGGUUCGAGCACCCCUCCCAAACCCUUGAGGGUUCUGGGUAUCUGGUCAAGAACAAGGAUGGACUGGAGGCUGCUUGAUUUCGCAGCGAAUUACCGGGGUAUUGUCACAGUCCCCCUCUACGAUACGCUGGGAGAGCAGUCGGUGAAGCACAUCGUUCAACAGACAAAAAUGCAGGUGUUGGCUGCGGAGGGCUCUAAACUAGACGCAGCAUUGCGACUUAAGAAAGAAGGAUUUCCCUUAAAAGCAGUCAUUUCAUUUGACGAACCAACGAAGGAACAGGAGGAGGCGUUCGCAGAGGCAGGAGUUUGUCUUUACCACCAGGAGAAGCUAAGAAGAAGGUACCUCACGAUUGCUGACACCAAGACGCCGGAAGAGCUCGUGCCUUCCCUGGACGACAUCUGCACCAUCAUUUUCACCUCAGGAACGACAGGUCUGCCAAAGGGUGCAGUGCAUACGAACGGUUCGAUGCUGUCGUUUGUCGGUUCUUAUUUGACUAGCUGUAACCGCAUGCAGGUGCGCGUGGGGGACAGCACGCUGUCGUAUUUGCCUUUGGCGCACAUCUACCAGAGAGGUGUUGAGUUGGUGGUGACUUUGUUGGGAAUUCGUGUCGCGUACUAUAGCGGGGAUAUGCUACGUCUAGCAGAAGACGUACAACUAUCAAAACCUUCUGUCUUCAUCGCGGUGCCCCGAGUAUUCAACAGAAUAUCGGGGAAGAUCAACGCUGGUAUCCGACAGAAACAUCCCUUCGUUCAAUGGCUAGCUGCCAAGGCGCUUGAUGCAAAAAAACACAAGUACCAGCAAAAUCCAUCGGCCAUCUCAAGUUUCUUUCCAGAUCUUCUGUUUCGCAAUAUCCGAGCGAGCAUGGGAGGGAACAUUCGGACUGUCUGUGUGGGCAGCGCCCCCAUGGACGCGCAGCAGCUGCUUGAACUGCAGAUGUAUUUGUCUACCGUCAUUUGCGAGGGUUGGGGGAUGACGGAGACAGGUAUCUCCUUUUUGCAGCACUCCAACGACAGCAGCAAAGGCACAAUUGGGGGUCCCCUUGCUUCGACAGAGUUCAAAGUUGUCUCCCUCCCAGAACUGCAAUACGACGCAACGGCGAAUCCUCCGAGAGGGGAGCUCCUGGUGCGGGGACAUAGCCUCAUGAAGGAAUAUUUUCUGUCACCAGAAAGAACAAAAGAGACCAUUGAUGAGGAUGGCUGGCUCCACACGGGAGAUGUGGUGGAGAUACAGCCAAGCGGUGCUGUGAAGAUCAUAGACAGGGCAAAGAAUGUUUUCAAACUUGCUCAUGGAGAAUACAUCGCGCCGGAGCGUCUGGAGAACAUCUACAGUAACAGCCGCUGGGUCGAACAGAUAUUCGUCUAUGGAGAUUCGUUAGAGGCUGCACUUGUUGCCAUUGUCGUCCCUGCAUCUGCGGAGGUGCGGAAGUGGGCGGAGAAGAACAAUAAGGGUGGAGAACCAUAUUCGACAUUGCUGUCGGACGCGGCUUUGAAGAAGGAAAUCGUGCAAGAUUUGGAGGUUUUAGGUCGUCAGCAGCUUAAAGGAUUUGAAAUAAUAAAAGCAGUUUUCCUAACUGAAGAGGCAUUCACCCCUGAAAAUGGCCUAACAACCCCUACUAUGAAGUUGGUGCGGCACGCAGCGAAGAAGCGAUUCUUGAAGGAAAUCCGCGAGCUCUAUGCGGGCUUGAACGCAAGCAAAUGA